AUGGCAACACGAUCGCUCCUCAAGCCCCACUCCAAUGUCACUUCCCAAUUCCUUCGCAAACCCUUCCGCCUCACUACCCCUAUUGCUCAAUCAACAGUCAUCGACGAAUCCCUUCGUCUUCUUCUCGCCGAGAAAUCGCAGCUUCCACCUCCUUCUCCUACGUUUUUUCUCUCCGAUUUUGUCGGAGCAAACCAGAAGCUUCUAGUUGAUGAAGAAGGCCUUCACAGCGCCCGUCAGUGCCUUCAGACAGCAGGUUCUGCUGUCGGCGGAUCUCUGUGGGCAAGGGGUCGAGGAGGCUCGUCGUCAUCUCGAAAACAGAUCGAUAGUGAGGAAGAGUUCGACGACGAUAACGUUGUUGAUGAGUUCGAUGAUGAUGAUGAUGAUCUCGAUGAGGACUUGGAUGAGUUCGAUGGCAAGUUUGGUGAGGACGUUGACGAUGACGACGAAGAGGAAUUCGAUGACAAGCCUAGGAGGAAGAAGUGA